AUGGUGCAAGUGAAGAAACCAGCAGGACGAAUAAAACCGAAAUCAACAACCGCAACGAUAAGGAGUAUUGCCCUUCGAAUGAUAAUACUUUCCACCCUGGCAAACGUGUUCAUCUAUGAGUUUAUUGAUCAUCCAGAACACUUGGAGGAUGCUGACCACAUGACUGAUACUCCAAGAAUACGGGAUGGCUCUUCAAGUAAUACAUUUAUGGGGCCAAAGGCCCCCGAAAAUUCCUAUACUGGUAGAACUUCAGCGAACAGUGCCCUCAUCAAUCCAUUGGACACGACAAUGAAAAAUCCCAAAAAUGUCUUUGUCGACAAUAUUGGGCACCAAUACCAAGCACUUGUGAGUCCCUUCCUGAUAGGAAACUACUCUCGGCAUGAGGGGCAUGGAAUGGAUGCUGUAAUCAUGGCAUCAGCUCCCGAUUCGGCUCUGGCAGUCUGUGUUCACAAUUUAUAUCAUUUGCAAGGCUUCCGACGGUUCAUCUUUGUGGUCAACGAUGCAAAAGCACACUGCCACAUAAUCUUUGAUUUGCUGCCCCAACACGGAGGUCCACAGGACAAGAAACACAUAUGUCUGGAGCACAAUAGUUUCUAUACCGAUGCCGAAUUGAAGCGAUUAUGGAAUGAGAGUGGUGAAUUCCACAACAUUCACAGUGGACCGCCAGAAAAAGUAUUGCGAGCUGGAAAGUACUACUCCAAUCCACGAAUGGGUUGGUACUUACAACAAUUUAGCAAGAUGCUGAUAUCACGACUAGUCCCAGACUUGUCCGAGCAGUACUUGGCCAUUGACAGCGACAUUAUCCCAGUGAGACCGAUCGAGUAUAUCAGCAGAGGUUAUGAUGGAAAAUUGACGAUAAUGAUGCCUCAGGUACAGAAGAAACCUGAUCAAUGGAGGGACUUUUCCCGUCUAGUAUUUCCUGAGCUCGAACGGCAAAAGAGUACGCUCCGAAAACCAAACAAAAACUAUGUGGUGGGAUGGAUGAUUUUUGACCGAACGGUUCUGAGAGAUAUGGUUGGUACUAUUGGAGAGGCUUUGCUACGAGAAAAGCAACUGAGGGACCAAUUCCCAUUCAACGUGUUGCACGUUGGAAACGAACUCAUCAAAGAGAACAACUACUUUUCCGAGUUUUAUACCUAUGCGAUAUUUGCGUUCAAUCACACAAAGGUUAAAUAUGUUGAAAAGUUCUUUGAGAAACCACAUCGCAAUAGGGAUAUGCAUGAAUCCUGCAUCCUUGACCAAGUAAUAUACAAGCAAGCCCAAGACGAUUCGUUCACACCGCCGUGGAAUAUCUGGGAAGAACACAAGUACCACCACUUUGACUCGUGUCCAGAAGGAGAAGCCUACUUUAACUUUUCCACCAUUGGAAUCUGGCACGACUUUCAUCCUCCACCAUGGGGUGGUGGUAAUCAAUUCCUGCUAGCUCUGCGACAUGGUUUGGAUGAUCUAGGAAUGAAGGUGAUUGGAAAGAACGAUCCCGGUGAUGGAACCAAACAAAUCAGAGAAUCUGGUCAAGUCCUCUUGGCAAAUGCCAUUACAUUCAAGGGAAAGAAUGAGAUCUUGGAGGAUUUCAAAAAGGAAAACCGGCUGGCUUUGGUGCACCGUGUGGAUGGGCCGUAUUAUGUUGCUCGAUACUUUCGAACUUUGAAUUUCAAGGAGCCGGAACCUUUGCCCAAGGAGGACAAGAAAACCCAAGAAAUCAACGAUCAGUAUGCUUGCGCCACUGUAUUUCAGUCCAAAUGGAGCAUCGAUGCGAAUUUCAAGAUUGGUCUAAACCUCAAGAAUCCAGUGGUCAUUCCAAAUAUGAUUGACGAAACUUUAUUUUACCCUCCAAAGGAAUCAAGGCCAAAGCGAGAAGGACGAAAACUUCGGAUCGUUGCCUCGAGUCACAGUGAUAACGUUCGGAAAGGGUUUGACACGAUGCUAUGGCUGGAUCAGAACUUGGACUUUGACAAGUACGAGCUGCUAUUCAUGGGUGGUCACCCCAAAGAUUUCAUCCCGAAACGUGGACUUCAAGUCUUGAAGGAACUGGGUUCUGAAGCUGUUGCUGACUUUUUGCGCAGUGGGGAUAUCUACUUUGCGCCUUCACGAUUCGAGCCAGCUUCAAAUGCUGUAUCAGAAGCUUUGGCAUGUGGUUUGCCUGUUCUCUACCAAGAAGGAAGUAGUCAUGGUGAUCUUGCUGGCAAGGCUGGAGUUGGUUUUGAAUCCACUGGCCCAGGUCUAUUACGAGCCCUUGAACAACUUGUCGCAAAUUAUGACGAGCAUGCAUCAAGCAUCUAUGUUCCUUCGAUGCAAGACAUCACUAAAAGCUACCUUUCGACAAUGCGAUGGUGCUUCUACAUGAGGCAUCUCAUGCUUGUCGAUCCAGAAGCUUUUUCUAGCAGUUCUGGAGAAGGUCCAGUUCCACAACAAAGGACGCCGCAGCUACCAGCCCAAGCAAAGCAAUCGCCACAAAGGAAUUUAAACGACCAAGGAACUAUCAGCCAAACGAUGCCGAAACAACGCUCCGCUCAAAAUCCCAGAAACAUAUUUGUGGAUAAACUUGAUGCCAAUUAUCAACCGCUGACAAGUGACUUUCUCUUAGGGAAUUACUCUCGACAUGAGGGACACGGCAUAAACGCAGUGAUUAUGGCAGCAUCUCCUGAUUCUUCUUUGGCCACAAAUGUACAUAAUCUGUACCACUUACAAGGGUUUCGACGAUUUAUAUUUGUCGUGAAUGAUGCCGAAGCUGAUUGUCCUGUGAUAUUUGAUUUGGUCCCCCAACAUGCUACUGGAAAUGAAAAGAAGCACAUGUGCUUGGAACACAACAGCUUUUAUACCGAUGCCGAACUAAAGCGGUUGUGGGAUGUGAAUGGAGAAUUCAAAAACAUUCACGAUGGACCACCAGAAAAAGUGCUUCGAGCUGGAAAGUACAUUUCCAAUCCUCGAAUGGGUUGGUACUUGCAACAAUUCAGCAAGAUGCUGAUACCACGGCUAGUUCCAGACCUGUCUGACCAGUACCUAGCAAUUGACAGUGACGUUAUCCCGGUUCGACCUCUAGAGUACGUCACGAAAGGAGACGACGGAAGACUCAAUUUGUUGAUGCCGCAGUGCCAGAAGCCACCAUUGCAGUGGCGGGACUUUUCAAGGCUCGUCUUACCAGAGAUAGAGCGAGACAAGAAGUAUCCAAGAAAGAACUAUGUGGUUGGAUGGAUGAUCUUUGAUCAAUCAGUUCUCAGUGACUUGAUUGAGGUCAUCAAUAAUGCUCUUGUACGCGAGAAGGGAUUUAAGGACCCAUUCCCAUUCAAUGUGUUGCAAGUUGGAAAUGAACUCAUUAAAGAGAACAACUACUUUUCCGAGUUCUACACUUAUGCCAUGUUCGCGUUCAAUCAGACCAAGGUUAAUUAUGUCGAAAAGUUCUACGAACGGCCACUUGGGAACACUGGGAUGCACGAAUCAUGUGUUCUGAAUCAAACGCUAUACAAGCAAGCUCAAGACGAUUCAUUCAGACCGCCAUGGAAACUCUGGGAAGAGCACAAAUACCACCGUUUCAAUUCCUGCCCAGAAGGUGAACCAUACUUCAACUUUUCCACCAUUGGAAUCUGGCAUGACUUCCACACUCCACCAUGGGGCGGUGGUAACCAAUUCCUGCUAGCUCUGCGACAUGGUUUGGAUGACCUAGGAAUGAAGGUGAUUGGGAAGAACGAUCCUGGAGAUGGUACCAAACAAAUCAGAGAGUCUGGUCAAGUCCUUUUGGCAAAUGCCAUCACGUUCAAAGGAAAGAAUGAAAUCCUGGAAGAUUUCAAAAGUGAAAACCGGCUGGCUUUGGUGCACCGUGUGGAUGGACCCUAUUACGUCGCUCGAUACUUCCGAACGCUGAAUUUUACAGAACCAGAGCCACUGCCCAAGGAGGACAAGAAAACCCAAGAAAUCAACGACCAAUACGCCUGUGCUACAGUCUUUCAGUCCAAAUGGAGCACCGACGCAAACAUCAAGAUUGGACUCAAUUUGAAAAAUCCAGUGGUCAUUCCAAAUAUGAUUGACGAAACUUUAUUUUACCCUCCAAAGGAAUCAAGGCCAAAGCGAGAAGGACGAAAACUCCGUAUUGUUGCCUCGAGUCACAGCGGAAACCAACGCAAAGGUUUUGACACAAUGAUGUGGCUGGAUGAGCAUUUGGACUUUGACAAAUACGAGCUGCUCUUCAUGGGCGGCCAUCCUGAUGACUUUGUAUCAAAGCGUGGGCUUCAAAUUUUAAAGGAGCUAGGCUCUGAAGCCGUUGCCGACUUUUUGCGAAGUGGGGACAUCUACUUUGCGCCAUCACGGUUCGAGCCAGCGUCGAAUGCUGUUUCUGAAGCAAUGGCAUGUGGCCUUCCUGUCGUGUAUCAAGAGGGAAGCAGUCAUGGGGAUCUCGUUGGGAAAGCAGGAGUAGGCUUUGAAUCGACUGGACCUGGAUUGCUGGAAGCUAUUGAACGUCUCGUGGCGAAUUAUGAUGAGCAUGCCGCAGCGAUUUAUGUUCCAUCAAUGAAAGACAUCACUCAAAAGUAUUUGUCAGUGAUGAGAUGGUGUUUCUUCAUGAGACAUCUCAUGCUCGAGAAUCCAGAAGAGUCGUCAAGUAGCCCUAGCGGAGAUUAA